GCUGUCAACCUGAGUCGCAAGUGGCAGCUACUGAGAGUAGCUUCUGUGCAUUAUGAAGAAUUUCUCAUUUCCUAUGCAGGAUAACACACAUCAGACCGAGAGUCCUCCUCCUCACAGAUUCCUGAGUUUGACAAAUCAGUCAGAUCCUAUUGGAAGACCAGAAAGAGAUGAGCAAUUAGCUCAAGUAGAGAUUGCUGUACUGGGGGCCAUAUUUCUGACAGCGUCUGUGGGCAAUUUCAUUCUCAUACUGGUGCUGUGGCGGAGAAGAAAGAAGCUGUCUAGGAUGUAUGUGUUCAUGCUUCACCUCAGCAUUGCUGACUUAGUGGUAGCCUUUUUCCAAGUGCUGCCUCAACUCAUAUGGGAUAUUACAGAUGUUUUCAUAGGGCCAGAUUUCUUGUGCAGAAUUAUCAAGUAUCUACAAUUGCUGGGCAUGUUUGCCUCUACUUAUAUGAUAGUGGUUAUGACAGUGGACAGAUAUCAAGCUGUUUGCUACCCUAUGGUCACUUUCCAAAAGAAGAGAGCUCUCUGGAACAUCCCCAUUUGCACCAGCUGGUCUAUAGCACUGAUUCUUAGCCUACCGCAGGUAUUUAUCUUUUCUAAGACUGAAAUAUCUCCAGGUGUCUUUGAAUGUUGGGGUGAAUUUAUUCAGCCUUGGGGCCCAAGGGCAUAUGUGACUUGGAUUUUUGUAGUUAUAUUCUUCAUUCCCUCAGCAAUCCUUAUCACAUGCCAGGUCAAGAUUUGCAAAAUAAUCAGAAGAAAUAUAAACGUGAAAAAACAGAAUGAAUGCGAAGCAACAAAUCAGAAUCAAGUCCUGCCAUCCCGGGCAAGCAGUGUGAACUGUAUUUCAAAGGCUAUGAUCAAGACAGUAAAAAUGACAGUGGUGACAGUUGUUGCAUAUGUUCUCUGCUGGUCACCUUUCUUCAUUGCACAGCUCUGGUCCGUGUGGUUCCCCAGCAUCCUGACUGAAGGUUCGGCAUUCACCAUUAUAAUGCUCCUUGGCAACCUAAAUAGUUGCACCAACCCAUGGAUUUAUAUGUAUUUCUGUGGCCAGAUUCCAUAUUGCACAAAGAAGCAGCUGGAGAAUACCUCUGCUCAAGAUGAAUCCAUGUUCACGGGGAGCAUUCAUCUCGUAGACAGAGACCCUGAGGAAAACAGUACUCCUGCAUAA